GACAAAACCCCCACCGGUCGAUGCGGUUCUCACUCUCAGGGUGAGGGAGAGCGACGGAAGUCAGAUAGCGAGCGAGAGAGGUAGCAUUUAGCAGUGUGUGUGAGACACAUUCUUGGAGAGAGACACAGAGGAAUUGAAAUUUGAAACUGAGAUUUCGAUUGGUUUUGGAAGUAUCUGUUUUUCAGACCCAUUAUGUCUCUUAAUCUCUGGAUUUCUGCUCUUACAACAACUGCUACUACUGCCAUUUCCUACUGGUGAGUGCCAAAAAUGAGAGACUUGAGUACAUAAGUUGCUCAUAUUUCUGUUGUGUUAAUCUUGAUUUCUUGGGGAUUAUUUCGAAGAGGCAAGAUGAGUUCCAGAAUACCAUCUCAUCAGCUUAGCAAUGGCCUUUAUGUAUCAGGGAGGCCUGAGCAGCCUAAGGAGAGAACUCCAACAAUGAGCUCGGUAGCCAUGCCCUAUACUGGUGGAGAUAUUAAGAAAUCAGGAGAGCUAGGUAAGAUGUUUGAUAUUCCUAUGGAUGGCUCCAAGUCCAAGAAGUCAGGACCUAUUACUGGUGGCUCCUUGAGGUCUGGAUCUUUCGGAGGUGUUGCAUCUCAUUCUGGACCUAUCAUGCCUAAUCCUACAGCUCGCACCAUGUACACCACUUCAGGUUCUUUACCUUCUCAAGGCCUUUCUGGUUCAGCUUCACUAAAAAAAUCAAAUUCUGGACCUUUGAGCAAGCAUGGGGAACCUGUAAAGAAGUUGUCCGGUCCACAGUCUGGUGGAGUAACGCCUACUGGUCGUCAAAACUCUGGGCCUCUUCCACCCGUACUACCUGCAACAGGUCUUAUCACAUCGGGACCCAUUUCUUCAGGCCCUCUAAAUUCUUCUGGAGCUCCACGGAAGGUUUCUGGUCCUUUAGAAUCAAUGGGAUCCAUGAAAUUACAGGGUUCUGCAAGUGCUGCUCAUAGUCACGCUGUGACUACUCUUACUCAUGAUGAUGAUUAUUCGUUUGCAAAGAACUUCCCAAAGAUAGUAUUAUGGUCAUUAAUUCUUCUAUUUGUGAUGGGCUUUAUUGCUGGGGGCUUUAUUCUUGGAGCUGUCCAUAAUGCAAUCCUCCUUAUUGUGGUUGUGGUUCUUUUUUGUGCUGUUUGUACACUUUUCAUUUGGAAUACUUACUGGGGAAGAAGAGCAAUUAUGGGUUUCAUUGCUCGCUAUCCAGAUUCCGAACUUAGAACUGCAAAAAAUGGACAAUUUGUGAAGGUCUCUGGGGUGGUUACCUGCGGUAACAUGCCCCUUGAGUCGUCCUUCCAAAAAGUUCCAAGAUGUGUAUAUACAUCAACAAGUUUGUAUGAGUAUCGUGGGUGGAGUUCCAAAGCUGCCAAUCCUACACAUCGGCGUUUUACUUGGGGGCUCAGAUCACUAGAAAGACAUGUGGUUGACUUCUACAUCUCUGAUUUUCAAUCUGGACUAAGAGCAUUGGUUAAGACUGGUUAUGGAGCUAGGGUGACUCCUUAUGUUGAUGAUCCAAUUGUUAUUGAUGUUAAUCCAGUAAACGAAGAAUUAUCUCCAGACUUGGUCAGGUGGUUAGGAGAAAGAAAUCUUUCAAGUGAUGGUCGACUAAUGCGUUUAAGUGAAGGGUAUAUCAAGGAGGGAAGUACUGUUAGUGUAAUGGGAGUUGUUCAGAGAAACGAAAAUGUGCUAAUGAUCGUCCCGCCACCUGAUCCAAUUGCAAGUGGGUGUGAAUGGAGCAAAUGUAUUUUUCCAGCUAGUAUCGAAGGUAUUGUUUUGCAAUGCGAAGACACGUCAAAGAACGAUGUCAUACCUGUUUAGUAUCACGAACUCGUUUGACUCACUGAGAAUCUUCUUUCUUCAUUUAAUAUUGCUUUGGUGGUGGUAGAGGUAGGUAGGUUAGGACUGACGAAUUGACAAGAGAUUGCAGUUGGGGAUGGGCUGGUGUUGUUUUUAGUUUUGGUGUAUAGUGUUGGAGGGGUUUCUUUUCCAUGUUUUUGGUGUUGGGAAAGGGUGAGAAGGCUUCCUGUAAUAGGGAAUGGGUUGGGUGCUGUGGAGAAUUCAACUAGUUUAAGAAGAUUGACUAUUUAAUGUUAAAUAGAAUGGAAGUGUUAUGUGUUUUCUGUUGUU